AUGCAUUCACAGCCGAUUAAUAUUAACAAGGCGUUUCACGUGGUGACUCCGCGAAACUAUGCCUUCCCUCGACAAUGUCAUCGGAUCAAGGCGAACACAUGUUUCGGGGAACAGCUCUUCCAGUUGCCUGGCUCAGAGCGAGUGGCAGAUAUAGAAAAAGACAGCAUUAAAAAUGUAUUUCGACAGGACGGCGGCGUUAACGCACGCCCGGUGGCCGUGCAGCCUGCUGGUCUUUUGCUCAGCAAAGAGAUGGUCGCUUGGACGCCGGUUUAA